GGACAUAAUGACAAUACUGACGUUCCUGCAACUCUUGCUUUUGACAGCCGGAGUCGAAUCUGCUGUGGUUAAACAUCGAUUGAUUGGUGGAAAACCUUGUGGCAACAAUGAACGCCACCAUCACGUGUGGGUUUUUCAAGUCACACAUUCAGGAAAGAACAUCUGUGGAGGGACUCUGAUCGACAAGAAUUGGGUGUUGACUGCAGCACACUGCUAUAAUGUGUCAGUGAUCGGAAGUGUUGAAGUCUGGGCAGGUGUUCAUCCAAAUAGAGCAUAUCAAAAGUUUAACAUUCAGGCAGGUGACAUCCAUAUAUUUGAUAAAACCAAGAACACAGGUGACAUCAUGCUGCUCAAACUUCCUGGACCUGUAAGUGGAAUCACUCCUGCUCAGCUUCCUGACUCCUCCUGUCAGACUCCUGUUAACGGAGAGCAGCUGCAGAUCGCUGGUCACGGAUCUACUGUUAACCAAACUGGACCUGCCGACCUGAACCAACCUCUGCAGUGUCUUGAUCUGAAAGUCACAGUCUGUCCUACACCCAUAAACAACUAUUUCUGUGGUGAAGGUCUUCCUAAUAACCCACCUGCCUACACCUGUGGGGGAGACUCUGGUGGAGGCUGGCUGAAGAAGAGGACUGGGACAACAGGUGUGAUCUACGGAGUUCACAAAGCUUCACAUAUUCAGUAUAGACAAAUUUCCCUUUCCACAAGUGUGUGUGCUCCUCCUAUCAGGAAGUGGAUAAAUGAUAUCAUGACUAAUCACUGAGGCAGCAGGUCCCAUAUGAAUCCUAUAUGAAGCUGUAACAGUAGAGUCACAUAUGAAGUUACCGACUAUGUACUACAGCUGAUCUGUCACUCUGUCAGCAUUCCAUUAUGUGUAUCUGUUUGACCUUAAUUUUUAGACUGACUGAUUUCUAAUAUAAAAUUAUUUUUAUAUUUUAUUAUUAUAAAGCAAAAUUAAGGUAAAGAAUUCAAAUGCAUGUUUUUGAUUUUAAAUUGCUUAGUGAGCUGUCUAACCAGUGAAUACUGAAAUACAUUUUUCUCCUCCCCAAGAUGAAUUUAAUAUUAGGUUUUUGACUAGUACAGUACUACUAGUAUUUACAAAUCACUUCAAUAAUGUUACUCAUAACAUGCUCUUGUUGAAAAAAGUACUAAAGUUUUUAAACUAUUGGCUGGUAUCAGCAAAUCAUUCAGUAUUAUAUUCUAAAUUUCUGCAGUGAGUAAAAAAACACUCACAACUAAUGUUCACAACAUUUACUCAAAAUGACAAGAAUUUGUCAAACUGCUAAAUUUAUCAUCUAUAAUAAUAAUAAUUAAUAAUA